AUGAGCGUUGUUGAGGAGGAGGAGUUUGAGAAUGGUGCAAGUGGUAAGGGAGGCACGAGGUUUUCCCCGGAAGCAGCGAAGACCAAAUGGAUCAGGUCAACGAAGGAUUUUGACUUUGAUGGGCGCCAGCACCAACCGACCGGACACCAACAAACCCAGCGACCAUUGAAGGGCAACGCGCAGCUACCAGCCGGGGCCUGGGUGGUGCUGGCGGUCUGGCGGUCCGGGUCCAUUCGAACUCAAGUGCGCAGGUGCGCGCAAGUGCUCUGUGUCCAAGUCUCUGGCGCUGCCAGCACUGUGGAGCAACUGGCCUGGCCUAGUGGGUCUUUGGGCCAUGAACAUGGAAGCCAUCAAUUGGACCAGCGCCAGGCAGGCGACGUCGGGUAUGCGCCUCAAGCCUCAAGCCCCAAGCCUUCAAAUGUUAAGCCUUAA